GGAAGGGUCAAGAGAGGCAGUGUUGAAGUCGUCAUCGUAGGUGGGUGGAGUGGUGUCGCCAGGGUAUGUUAUGGAAGAAGCGGGGGCGGGAGGGAGUGGGCGAGGACUGGUGAUGGGGGUGGAGGAGUCGAUCAUGGUGAAGCAUGCGAGAGAGGAGGUCAGCAAGGGGCAUGUCAGGUUCGUGGGCGAGGGCGGUUGCAAGAUCUUUGUGGCAUACUCGCUUGAUGAGGGAGAUGAAUGCAAAGUCGGGAAUGACGGUGGUGGGGAGCUGAUGGCGGAGGGAGCGGAUGUAUUGGACAAAGCGGUCCGUGGGACUGGUCUAGCGCAGGUGGCAAAAUUGUUAAAGGUAGUCAUCGAUGGUUUUCUGGGGGCGGAAGGUGGCAGUGAGAAGGUUGGCCCAUUGGAGGAAGGAGUGACGUGGUCCUCCGGAGGCACGGCGGUUGCUCACUUCAACCAUCCACCAUUUGGCGGCAUUGUCGAGGAGGCGGGAGGUGGCAAUGGGAAGCCAGUGGACAAGGGGCAUGUUGUGGAGCUUGAAAGAGUUCUGGAGUUGGGUAAGGAAGAGGAAAACGUCCUCGUAGGGAAGGUCGGAGAAGGGCAUGAUGUCGGCGGAUCGGAAGGAACGGGGGAUUUCCCCUUCGCGGGAAACGAUCUGGACGAGGGUGUGGAAGUUGGGGUUAUCGGGGGUAGUGUCGUCGCAGGUGUAAUCGAAUUGGUUGUUGUCGUCAAGGAGGUAGUUGGGGGGAAGUUG